AUGACGGCUUUCAUGAACCAGCUCCCAGCACAAAUGUCUCAGAUUAUUGCCAUUCGUGAUAAGUUUAUUGAGGUCUCCGAACAAUCUGACGAGAAACUAUCUGCAAUGAUUGAGGCUGCAAAAGAUUUCCGAAGUGGCAUGGAACCCCUCAAAGAGGAAGUAGAUCAGCUUCAGACACGUGUUAAAAACUUACAGUUCUGUAUCGAGGGUUUAUCUCACGUUCAAAAUUUCUAUAAAACUGGUCGUGAAGUUGAGCAGACUAUUAUCAGAGGUCCAGCCGAAAAUCUUACUGAAUAUCUGAAAGCGAUGGAUCGAAUCAAGGAUUCCCUUGUUUACUUUAAUCAAAAUGACACGGAUCAUCUAGAGUACACCCGACUUAGUACUCUUCUUUCUAACGGUUUGAAAGCAUUGAACGUUUACUUCGGUGAAAAUUUGACUAAGUCAUUUUCCACAAUGCCUUCAGAUGUCCUCUAUAAGUUAGCUGAGAAAGACGACACGAUCUCAUUGGAUGGAAAUAAACAAGAACAAGGAUCAGCUCCUGCCAUGUCAACUAUUCUCGAUUGUGAGUCGAUAUCGGAGGAAUCAAUUCGCAUUCUCCAGGAGAUAUCUGCUUGGCUUCGAAGAGCUACUACUCUUGUUAAUUCCAAGGAGGGUACACAAAAAUCUCACCCUCAUCUGGCUCGUCUUUUUCGGUUUCAAGGCAGUGGAGUUUCUAUGGAUGGAAAUUCUGCAUCUGGUGGUUAUCAGAUUUCGCAGUCGCUGGCUCAGUAUUGCGAAUUUAGAAAGGAUCUUAUGUGUACUAGUUUGGCUGAGCUUAGGGAAUACCAGAAGUCAUUGGAGAAGAAUACCCAAAAUGCGCGAUCCCGUUCCACAAUGGCAAGUAGUCAAUUGAGCAUCGGCACACCUGGACGUCGUCGCGGGCUAAAGGCAGUCGGAAUUGUUUGGGAUGCCAAUUCCCGACGAGGAGUUGCCAGUGACAUUCGCGAAACGGAUGAUUUGGACUCGGAACACUACAGCACUAGUCUUAGUGCCUUUCUCAUACUUACUAAUCGCGAACGACUUCUUUUGGAUCGUCUGAAUCUGGCGGCUAAUUCUCACGAAGCCCACUUCGCCUACAGUCUCAUCUGUCGCAAAGCCGUUAGCGAUCUCAUGACCGAAGGGGGAGCAUACGUUCGUCUGAUGAGCCGUGUUAUCAGUCGGAAUGAAUUCUAUAUGAUUGUCUCGCUCCUGACAAUCAUGCGUAGAUUUAUUGAUCUAUCGCCUACCAUUGUAGAAACUUUAACGACUAUCAGCAGUCUGUCUCAACCACUCACCGAUAUCGUAUGUCGCUUCCGAGCUCAAAUUAAAGUCACAUUCGAUGCCUUUUUGCAACAAGUUCAACCAGGUGCAGGGUCGUCUCAAGUUCCCCCAGAUGCCACAGUUCACGAACUUGCUUCCAAUGUAGUAUUACUCUUCCUUGAGAAGCUCUUUGAUUAUGAAGUCACAGUCGGGACGUGCUUAACUUGGGAGGAAGUGAGAAUCGCCCCUGAAAACACCUUCCAAUAUCUCACAACUGUUGGUUCCAAGCCCAAGAUGGCCAGAUCAGCUUUUGGGCAAUACAUAUUCCGCGUCACAACAUCGCUGGUCGGUAAUAUAGACAAAAAGGCGGAGGCCUAUUCAAUUGAUCUCACAAGAAUUGUCUUCCAAAUGAAUAAUCUUCGUUAUAUUCUGACGAAUCUGAAAAGUACUGGUCUACAGGCGAUUCUUGAUGAAUAUGACAACACAACCGUGGAGAAGCUCAAUAAAAUUCUCAAUGAAAGCAAGCAGGUCUAUGUUAGAGCUCAAGUCUCUUUGGGAGAUUUCUUACCUGCAGCACUUGGACGCUCUCUUCUUUACAGUAUCUCAGACACAAUUGGUCUUUCUGUGUCGAAUAAAGACGUAGGUAGCGCUAGUGGUCCAUUGCGUCGUCGUAUAAGCAGGCGUCGAACCUCAGUCCUCUCUGAGGUUUCGUUGCUAAGCGACGAGGUAGCCAGGAGGUCAUCUGUGGCUGUGAGUCCAGUCCAGGGCAAGGUGCGAUGCAUGCGCUGUAUGAAUUUGCCUUCUCUCGCUUUCGUCAAUCAGUUCUCUCAGCGUAAACAGGUAACACCUUCUCCUCUAAUCCCCUUAUUCUUAGCUUCGUUGCAUGCUCUGCUCAUUUCUCUAAGCCUGCUAAUAUUACCUUUUCUUUCUGCUACAUGUGAAGAUGGACUCGAAGGAGCGGUCUCAAAUGAAGGAUAUGUGGACUGAAUUUUGGCCUAUGUUGAAUUAAAUAUGUGUCUCGUCAAUGAACAACAGAUACUUAAUCCUCUUUUUUUCAACGUAAAUCAGGGUAUUGCAAACCUUCUGAAACAGCACUCCCAGCUCUCAAUCCCAGAUAAAGAUUUUCGUGAAGAGCUUCGAGUUUGUGUAUUGAAGGAGCUCAUUCCUCUUUACCAGACAUUCCAUGAUCGGUCUCUCCAGACGCCUUUCACCUCGCGUCGUGAAAAGUACAUCAAAAUGACGCCAGUGGAAUUUCAGACCAAGUUGAGCCAACUCUUUGGGCCAGUCCCUCAAGCUACUAAAUCUUGA